AUGGAUUCGUUCAUUUGGGGCAAUGACUAUGGAGAAACUGUUUCGUGUCUUGUACGUUCCUCAAACCACUCUUUUGGGAACAUCGAGCUAAGUCAACCUAUUACAAGCACAAGUCUAAAUCAUUUCGGGCAAUCUGUAAACUUGACUCUUUUCAUGCAACAAUGGGAAUCAACGGUUAAUAUGACACUCAAGGCUGCCACAAAAGCUAAUACUUCCUCGGUACAUAAGUACUAUAGUGCCGUACACGCCAAGUUCACAGAGUUUGCGGAUGUUUACAUGAUGAUGCAAUGCACACCCGACAUAACUUCCCAAGAUUGCAAACAAUGUUUAGGAGAUAGUGUGAAAUACUUUAGAGAACAGUUUCGUGGAAAAACAGGGGGCAUGGCUAGUUUUCCUAGCUGUUUAUUCAGAUGGGAUCUAUAUGCUUUCCAAGGUGCUUUUGUUAAUAUUACUAGAGUUUCUGCAAUUCGUCCAUCUCAGGCUCAGGAAAAGGGGAGCUCUAUACCAGAAAAGAAAGGAAUAAGCAUGCAUACGAGAACUAUCACAAUAAUUGUGGUUUUUAUUUUCAUUAAUCUUUUGGUAUUUAUUGGUAUCUGCAAAGCCAAAGCUCGGAGGAGGAAAUUAAUAAACGGAUUAAAUGGUUGUAGUGUAGAAUACUCAGGUUCGGAUGGUCAUUUUAUGUUACGGUUUGAUCUUAGUAUGAUCUUAACGGCAACCGCUGACUUUUCGCCUGAAAAUAAGCUUGGACAAGGUGGAUUUGGUACAGUUUAUAAGGGGAUAUUACUAAACGGGAAAGAGAUAGCUGUGAAGAGAUUAACCAGAGGUUCAGAAGGAGGUAUAGAAUUUAGGAAUGAGGUUUCACUCUUGACAAGACUCCAGCAUAAGAAUCUGGUUAAGCUUCUUGGUUUCUGUAAUGAAGCAGAUGAAGAGAUUCUUGUCUAUGAAUAUGUCCCUAACUCAAGUCUUGACCGCUUUAUCUUCGAUGAAGAGAAGCGACCGCUUCUUACAUGGGAAGUGAGGUUUAAAAUUAUAGAAGGCAUUGCUCGAGCUCUUGUUUACCUCCAUGAAGAUUCUCAGCUAAAGAUUAUUCACAGAGACGUAAAGGCAAGCAACAUCCUUUUAGAUGAAGAGAUGAACCCUAAAGUUGCAGAUUUUGGGACAGCAAGACUGUUUGACACUGAUGAGACUCGAGCUGAAACAAAACGAAUAGCUGGAACACGGUAA